AUGUGCCUGUCCCGUGUCCGUGUGUCCGUGUGUCCGUGUGUCCGUGUGUCCGUGUCCGUGUGUCCGUGCCGUGUCCGUGUCCUCUCACGACUCUCUUUCUGUGUUUCAGACAGUUACAAACAAAAGCAUUCCUUGAAACCUCCCGACCGAGUCUGCGGGAAGCGCUACAAGAACCGGCCGGGGCUGAGUUACCACUACGCCCAUUCCCACCUGGCCGAGGAGGAGGGGGACGACAAGGACGAUUCCCAACCCCCCACGCCCGUCUCCCAACGCUCCGAGGAGCAGAAAUCCAAGAAAGGCCCGGACGGGUUGGCCCUUCCCAACAACUACUGCGACUUCUGCCUGGGGGACUCCAAGAUCAACAAGAAGACGGGGCAGCCCGAGGAGCUCGUGUCCUGCUCCGACUGCGGGAGGUCAGGGCACCCGUCGUGCCUGCAGUUCACGCCGGUGAUGAUGGCAGCGGUGAAGACGUACCGCUGGCAGUGCAUCGAGUGCAAGUGCUGCAACAUCUGCGGCACCUCCGAGAACGACGUGAGGACCAAACCCACCGGGAACGCCCCAAAAUCCACUGGGAAUGCCCCAAAACCCACUGGGAAUGCCCCAGAAUCCACUGGGAAUGCUCCAGAAUCCACUGGGAACGCCCCAAAACCCACUGGGAAUGGCCAUAAUUCACUGGGAACACCCAAAAAUCCACUGGGAAAACUCAAA